AUGUUCGUGCACACACAACUUAAAAAGGCAGUGACGGUGUCAAAGUUGAUGAGGUCGAUUUCCUCGUUGGUUGGAAGGGUUUCAGAAAAGCCAAACCCAAAAACAUUCAAAAUCUAUCGUUGGAAUCCGGAUUUCCCAGAAAAAAAGCCACACAUGGAGUCGUACACGCUAGAUAUGAAUACAACAGGUCCAAUGAUGCUUGAUGUGCUUCUUAAAGUCAAAAAUGAGGUUGAUUCGACGCUUACUUUUAGGAGAUCGUGCAGAGAGGGUAUCUGUGGAUCGUGUGCGAUGAAUAUAAAUGGCAGAAAUACACUUGCAUGCAUCACAAAGAUCAACAAGAGCGAUGGUAAGGAUGUGGACAUCUAUCCACUUCCGCACAUGUAUGUGGAGAAGGACUUGGUACCGGAUUUGACACUUUUCUACCAGCAGUAUAAGUCCAUCCAGCCGUAUUUGCAAACCUCAAAGCCUCCUCCUGAAAAGGAGAAUAUUCAAAGCAUUGAAGAUAGAAAGAAAUUGGAUGGCUUGUACGAGUGCAUUCUCUGUGCCUGUUGCUCCACUUCCUGCCCUUCCUAUUGGUGGAAUCAGCAGGAGUAUCUUGGCCCUGCUGUGUUAAUGCAAGCAUAUAGGUGGAUGGUUGAUUCUCGAGAUGGUGCGACUGAAAAAAGACGCCAGAUGCUUCAGAAUUCCAUGUCUUUAUACAGAUGCCAUACAAUUAUGAAUUGUGCAAGGACGUGUCCAAAAGGUUUGAAUCCCGGAAGAGCCAUUGCUGCGAUCAAGAAGGCCAUGGCUACCGAAUAG